AUGGCAGAGCCAGGCCCGGAGCCGGGGCGCGCAUGGCGAUUGUUGGCCCUGUGCGGGGCUGCGGUGUUUCUGGCUGCGGCCGCGGCUGGAGGGGCGCUGGUGGCCUGGAAUCUGGCAGCCUCGACGGCCCGGGGGCCCCGUUGUCCAGAACCUGAGCAGAUGAACGCCACAGCGCGGCCCCCAGACUCUGGACCCGAGGUCGAAGAACUGCGGCGGCGGCUGGCGGAGGCUGUGCAAGCUCAAGAGAACCUGGUCUGGCGGCUGCAGCACGCAGAGGGGGACAGGAGGGAGUUGGAGGCUGCGCUCAAGGCCUGCAAAGACAGCCAGAGUCGACUUCAGACCCAACUGAAGGCCCUGAAGAUUGAGAUGGACCAGGCCAAAGUCCGAGGCACGCAGAUGGGGCUGGAGAACGGAAUGCUGACAGAAGCCUUGAUGCGCUGGGAGGCGACAGCCACUGAGUCAAAGCAACAACUGGAAGAGGCGCAGAAGCGCGCGGGAGCUGCAGAGGCAGACAGCGAGGCUUGUGUCAGCCGCGAGAUGGCGCUGAGGGAGCACAUUUUCGCCCUGGAAGCUGAGCUCAGCACCCUGCGGAAAGGGGCGCGCCCCCGACCCCGCUCCGGAUCUAGGACCAAGCCCAGCAUACGCUACCGCCCGAGGUCUGGAUCCACUAAGGGCUGCAGGAGGCCCCCUCGAAAUCCCCAGUAG